AUGGAGAACUCGCAAGGACUUUCUACCAUUCCGACGACGCUCACACUGUCUCCCGAGCAGUUUGAGAGAUUAUAUUUGACCCCGAUGACGCACCGUCAGCCUGCAAUGGCAAAGAAAAUGGGAAACCCAACACCAUUGGCACUCGGCGGAUUCGUCAUAACGACAACUCCGCUCUCGUGUUGCUUGAUGGCCUGGAGGGGAGCCAGUGGAAAUGGUGUUGCAUUCAUUGGUCCUACUAUCUUUCUCGGUGGUCUUUUACUUCUCAUUACGAGCAUCCUUGAAUUCAUAUUAGGAAAUACUUUCCCUUGCGUUGUGUUUGGUACCAUCGGCGGAUUUUGGUUUGCAUUUGCGACGACCAUGAUUCCAUCUUUCAAUGCGGCCGCUCCAUAUUCGUCUUCAACCACCGAUACAGCUGCCGGUCUGACUAGUGCAAGCUUCAUGAACACAUACGCGUUCCUGUUUAUUACAAUGGCUGUCCUCAUGUUGAUCUUCAUGGUCUGCGCCACACGCACAAAUGUCGUAUACACGCUCAUAUUUCUGUCGCUGCUCUUGGUUUUCCUUCUCCUAUCAUCAGCCUACUGGAGACUAGGAGAAGGGAAUACAACCUCUGGCGAACGAUGUGUGAAGGGAGCAGGAGCUGCGCUUUUCGUUGCUAGUCUCUUGGGUUUCUACUUGCUGAUCGUGCAACUCUUUGAAGCGUUGGGAUUCCCUUUCCAUUUGCCUGUCGGAGAUUUGGGGAUACUUUGGACUCGCUCUCAAGGCCGGUAG